CCCGCGGCGGCGGCGGCGGCGUCAUGGCGGUGAACUACAGCGCCAAGGAAGAGGCGGACGGGCACCCCUCGGGCGGCGUCGGGGUGCCGGGCGGCGGCGCGGUGGGCGGCGGCGGCGGGGGCGCCGUGAAGACCCGCAAGCCCGACAACACCGCGUUUAAACAGCAGCGGCUGCCGGCCUGGCAGCCCAUCCUGACGGCGGGCACGGUGCUGCCGGCCUUCUUCAUCAUCGGCCUCAUCUUCAUCCCCAUCGGCAUCGGCAUCUUCGUCACCUCCAACAACAUCCGCGAAUACGAGAUUGACUAUACAGGAACAGAGCCUUCUAGUCCCUGCAACAAAUGCUURAAUGUGUCCUGGGACAGCACGCCCCCUUGUACAUGCACCAUCAAUUUUACACUGGAACAUUCAUUUGAGAGCAAUGUAUUCAUGUACUAUGGACUUUCCAACUUCUAUCAAAACCACCGUCGUUACGUGAAAUCUCGAGAUGACAGCCAGCUAAAUGGAGACAACAGUUCACUACUUAAUCCAAGUAAGGAAUGUGAGCCUUACCGCACAAAUGAGGACAAACCCAUUGCUCCUUGUGGAGCUAUUGCCAACAGUAUGUUUAAUGAUACACUGGAGUUAUACCGCAUUGAUAAUGACACAAGGACUCCAAUUACUUUGAUUAAAAAAGGCAUUGCAUGGUGGACAGAUAAAAAUGUAAAGUUCAGGAAUCCUACAGGAGAUGGAAACAACUUAACUGCUCUUUUCCAAGGCACAACAAAACCUGUGAACUGGCCCAAGCCAGUGUAUAUGCUGGACUCAGAGCCUGACAACAAUGGCUUUAUCAAUGAGGACUUYAUUGUGUGGAUGCGCACGGCUGCUCUGCCAACAUUUCGCAAGCUGUAUCGUCUCAUUGAAAGGAAGAAUAACUUACAGCCUACCUUACAGGCUGGAAAAUAUUCUUUGGAUAUUGCAUACAAUUAUCCUGUACACAGUUUUGAUGGACGAAAAAGGAUGAUCCUAAGCACCAUCUCAUGGAUGGGAGGCAAAAAUCCCUUCCUGGGAAUUGCUUACAUCACUGUUGGGUCCAUAUGCUUCUUCUUAGGAGUGGUAUUGCUGAUCAUUCAUCACAAAUAUGGCAAUCGAAACACUAGUGCAGACAUUCCCAAUUAAUCUUGCAUUCUGAAAACAAAUGUACUGCAUGUGCAUCAAGGCCAGUCCAGAACGGACCCAGUUUUUGAAAGAUAAAUCUCUGCUUCUGUCUCUUCUGAGACUGGGUGCAUAAUUUUUACCUAAAGCUCCCCCUUCCCAUACUGUGGAUUAACUCUUGAAAAUGACGGGUAUACAAUUAGCUCUAUUGAUUGUAUCUCUGCCUAUGUCAGAAACAAUUUUCUGAUGUUUGCCUCUAACUGGGCAGGCCACAUGAUGCAUAUAGCUCCUGUUCCCUUGAUGCAUCUGCUGCUUGUUCACGUGCUGUGUAAUGUCGAUAUGAUUCAGUACAUUUAGAUUGUGUGGMGAAAGACGGUUAUGAGAUACUGUAAAUUGUUGACUUUCCAGAAUUCAGGUGUCAGUGCUGUUGAAAAAAGUCAAGUCUUAAAUGUUUUUUUCGAUUUACUGUCUUGUGUGCAUGGGCUCCUACAUUUCUUGCUGAGAUUUUAAUAUAUUUAUAUAAGUUGUUAAAUAUUUUUCCUGUGUCCUACCCACCUCUGUUAUGUUAAAUCCUUUAAGUGCUCCAUAAACUUCAGCACUCUGGAUUCUUUGUAUAUUUACAAAAUAUGUGCCUGGCCAGUAAACGACCAUCCUAUAAAGCUACUGGAAAACUUAUUCAUUAUCCAUGUGAGUACUUUUAAAAGAUUGUUCUAAAUUUGGACAUGCUUGUUGCAGGUAUUUUUUUUUCUAAUUUUUUUUUGUUUUAAGUCAUAUCCAAUACUMGUUCACUUUUUGCUGCUUUUGCUUUCUAUGAGCAGCUCCAGGCAUUAAUCAAGAAGAACCAAAAAGGUUUUUCUUCCAUUCACAAAUUGGGGUGAAUUCCUUUUACUGGAGGAGUCUCCUAAGUUCUUAAAGCAUAUGUAUUCUGAGCAGGCUUUGUUUUAUGGGAAUUGUAUACUUCUUCCUUAUUUGGAGUGAACACCACAUUAUUUUUUGCRGUGUUAAGGAAGUAAACUAUAGAAGUUCAGAAGUUGAGAUGGCAGUGACCUUUUUUCCAUGAAAUACAGGUUUAGCUUGCUGUGAAACAUAACUUAAAUAUUGCAGUUAGAUGCAAUGUGCAGGUUAGUGUCUUAAAUUACAGAAGGAUUCACCUUUAGGUUAAUUAAAAGUUAACUGCAACCUGUAACAAAUUAUUUUUGGUGACUUUUUUUUUUAGAUGAUGCACAGAAACUGUAAUGUAUAUGGUGGAGAUCACUUUAUAUGCAACUAGCUUGAUGAAGUAUGGAGUAUAUUAAAAGAGACCUAAUAAAUUCUGCAAACCAUUUAAUAAGAGAUUUGGUUUUGUUCUUGAACAUACAUUUAUUUUUAUCUCCAUGGAAAUACAUUAAGUGUAAAUGCAGUUUUAAAUGAGUUGUAUUUCUGGGAUUGCAUAUUUAUUACAAAAAUGCAUGGUCCAAUAGCUUAAUCUAAAGGCAGCUUUAAACAAAACUAUUAAUUUAUCAUGUAAUUACUUGACUGGUUUUACAUAAUUACUUGUGUAGCCUAAGAAUUUAAAUGUGUAAUGCAGGAUAAACUGUGGAAUGAGGCACCAUUUCCAGUGUGCUAGCUCUCUGUAACUCCAUAUAGUAAUAUAUGUGCAUAGUGCAGCCUGGCAGAACAGGGAUUUCAAAUAGUAGUUUUUAAGACUUAAUUUACAAUGCUGCAUUCAUGUUGUUGGAGUUACAGAAUAAUGGUAAUGUAUCCUUGAAAACUCACAGGACAUAUUAAACUGGCUUUCAACUGUAGAGUGGCUGCUAGGCCUAAAAAGAGUAAAUGAGCAAGGGGAUGUCUCACAAUUACUGCCUAUUAAAAUAUUUUUAUUUUUAAAUUUUGUGGUUGUCACUUGAAAUACAAAUACAUUCUGCUUCAUUCAAAAUUCCUAUUUUUUUUCCAAGUGGGAAAGGCUGCUUUUUUGGCUGUGCUUAAAAUUAAAACAGAAGUAUUUUAAGUAUUCUUCUAUCUUCACCUUGGAAUAAUUUUCAAUGCUUUACCUUUUUUUUACUGACUAUAGCUACCUGUGCAUCUUCGAUCUCAAUGAAGUKCACCAGGGUGAGAAUUUCAUCUUUUUGGUUUUUGUUGCAAUUAAGCGGAUUCUUUGAGCGUCUGUAGAAGUAAAUAUAUGGGAUAGCAUGCCCAUGGAGCUUAAAAUGCUUAUAAGAGUUUACAAYAUUGAUCAAAUUUAUAAACUCUUCUUUCACUCAUGCUCAUUUGUCUGGAUUUCAUGUUGAUAAAUAUGGAAAUCCUUGGAGAAUCCUUGGAAUCCUUCAAGGAUUAAUUGUGAAUAUUAAACCUUGAAGGAUGCAAGUCUUAUCUUUUUAAUAGAAAUCUCUGAGGGAGGAAAGGCCAUAACAGUCUAGAUCAAUUUACAUCUUCAAAUACAAAUACAUGUCAUCUGCUUGAAUCCAUCAGAGCAAUGAACAUGGCUGGUUGGUUUGGAUUCACAGGAUGUGUUAUUGACUGUGCCCUUCCCUCAGCUUUCUUGCAGUGGGAAGAUUAGGGGCAGAAUUGAGAGUGCCUGGUGGUCUCAUGUAACUUAAGUCUAAGUUAUUAGUACCUAUAGUAACGUAAAAAAAGAAACUACUGAAAUGCAACUGCUGAGGACAAAAAAUAUUACAUAAACACAGAGUAAUCGUAUCUUCAAAGUUCCUGUGACACAACAAUGGUUUCUGAUCUUUCCUGAAAAUGUAAUCUACGCUUGGUAAUACAAAAGGUUUGUUUCUUUUUAAUAAAAGUUCAAUAACCCAACAUAAAAGCCCUCCAAUACCUCAGAAUGUUCCACAUAUAAAAUGCUUGUCUGUAUUUAACAACAAGAAAAUGCUGUCUUUCAAAGUAGAAGAAAAAACUGAAAAUCUAAGUCAAUCUUAUUUCUGCUUUCUUCUUAGCAGUGUGGUCAGAUUAUGAAAGAGACUGCUUCUGGCAGUGUGAAAGUAGCUCUGAGGUCUAUUUUCAGAAAACCCAGUUGUGAAAAUUUUGGGGYUUUGUUUAGUAAUAGUAUUAAAUUCUCAGAGCAGCAGAAGUGUUUUCAUGUAAGUAUUCCCUWCCUUCUAGCUCACAGAAUUGUAUUGCUUUCCGUGCCUACAUAUGAAGUUUAAUCUUACAUGACAGUUUCACUUAAGACUGAAGACCAUUAGGAAAUGGCCUGAUAAGAAUUAGCAGGUCCUUACAUGACCUGAGUCUCAAAUAAGAAACUACCUCCCCAUAAGCCUCUCAUUCUGAACAUCCUCAGCCUCAGUUUGAAAGUAAAAUGAUACUGUCCAUUUGAGUUAUAUUAACGGCUUCUACAAAGUCUGAAGUUGGAAGAUUAUCUCUCUCUUUUCCUGUUGGGGAUGAAAUAAAAAACCAAAAGUGUAAGUCAAUCAGUAAGGAAGCUCAAGAAGUCUAAAAGGAGUAUAAAUUGAAAGAAAGUAGAUGGAGAUCUUUCUCACUGGACCCUGAUUUCAGAUAAAGAUCACAUAAACAAUUCAAGAAAAUGGAAUACCAGAGUUAUGUGCAAAUUUAACUGAAUUUUUACCUGAGGAUUGUGCUCAAAUUUUGCAAAAUAAAAUGGUGAGAUAAUUAAAAUAUUGUUAGAGAUUCAAGAAUGUAAUUAAUUACCUCAUUGAUUCUAUUAUAAAAAUGGGAAGGACUGGACUAUGAUAUUCUUGGAAGAAAUGAAAAUAUGAUUGACUCUAGGGUCGCCUAAUGAGGCCUCAUACUACGUGGUUGAAGUAAGGGUAUGCAAUCACAAAAGACACUUGUAAAAUUGGAACAAAUCUUUGUUCUGUCAGCAACUUUUUUCAAAUGCAGCUUUAGGGUAUUGUGCAACCAAAAGUA